CCCCUCCCCUCCCAUUGAUGUUCCUGAACAAUCUAACACCACCGGAUCACUCCACCACAAGCACCUGUAUAGGGGGGGUGGAGUGGUAUUUUUCCCCCCUCUGUCUCAAUUCACAUAUACAGCAAUUCACACUGCGCUGAUAAACUAUAACCUAUAUACAGCGAACUUUUACUCACCGGUCUCCUGCAAAAUACGCCUGGUCCUUCAAUUGGAAUCGACUCCCCCCCCUUCCUGUAUUGAGAGUGGUACGGUCCGCUUGGGGUGAUUACUGCGCAUGCGCAGCGCGCUCUCCUCACUAAGACGUUAGAGCGGGUGAGGUACACAAAAUGGCUUCCACCGAUUACAGCACCUACAGCCAGGCUGGAGCCCAGCAAAGUUAUGCUGCAUAUGCUGCCCAGCCAGCGCAAGGAUACACACAGACUGCCCAGGCAAGCUAUGGGCAGCAAAGUUAUGGAACCUAUGCCCAACCCACUGACUCCAGCUACACACAGGCACAAGCAACAGCAGCAUAUGGCCAGUCUUAUGCAGCAUCAUAUGGUCAACCACCAGCUGGAUACACUGCUCCAGCUGCUCCUCAAGCUUACAGUCAGCCUGUGCAAGCCUAUGGAUCGACAGGAUAUGAUAGCACCGCUGCAACCACCACCACCACUCAGACUUCCUAUGCAGCACCAUCUGCCUAUGGAUCACAGCCGGCAUACCCUUCUUAUGGACAGCAGACUGCCACCACUGCUCCUGCAAGACCUCAAGAUGGAGGCAAGCCUGCAGAUACCAGCCAACCACCUCAGAGUGCUGCCACCUAUGCUCAACCCAGUAUGGGCUACAGCCAGAGUAGCUACAGCUAUCCUCAGGUUCCAGCCAGCUACCCAAUGCAGCAAGUGAGCGCUCCCCCAUCCUACCCACCUGCCAGCUAUUCUAGCUCUCAACCAACUAGCUAUGAUCAGAGCUCAUAUUCUCAGCCCAGUUCUUAUACCCAGCAAGGUAGUUAUGGGCAGCAAAGCUCUUACUCACAGCAGAGCUCUUAUGGUCAGCCAAGCAGCUAUGGACAGCAGAGUGGAUAUGGACAGCCAAGCAGCUACCAACAACAGCAGCAGCAGCAGCAACCACCACCCACCAGUUACCCACCUCCAUCUUCUUCCUAUGGCAGUCAGUCAUCUGGCCAGUAUGGCCAACAGACUAGUGGCUAUGGACAGCAGAGUGGCUAUCGUCAAGACCAUCCAGGCAGCAAGGGAUCCUAUAGUCAACAGGAACCGCACCAAGGCUAUGGAGGCUCCAGUGAGAACCGUGGCUCUGGAGGCUCUGACUCUCGCAUCAGGAGCAGGGGCAUGUUUGACAGAGGCGGCAUGAGCCGUGGUGGGAGGGGAGGCCGUGGAGGCAUGGGCAGCGGUGGAGAGCGAGCUGGCUUCAGUAAGCCUGGUGGACUUAUGGACGACGGACCAGACAUUGACUUAGGACCCCCUAUGGAGCCUGAAGAAGAACCAGAGAACAACACAAUCUAUGUGCAAGGCCUGAAUGAAAAUGUGACAGUUGAUGAAAUAAUAGACUUCUUCAAGCACUGUGGCGAAGUAAAGAUAAACAAGAGGAAUGGCCUUCCGCUUGUGAACAUUUUUACAGACAAAGAGACUGGAAAACCAAAGGGAGAUGGAACGGUUUCUUUUGAAGAUCCACCAUCAGCUAAGACUGCUGUAGAAUUAUGUGAUGGAAAAGAAUUUCAAAGUAAUAAACUGAAGGUGUCAAUGGCUCGCAAAAAAACAUCGUUGCUGGGUAUGAGAGGUGGCAUGCUUUCGCGUGAUGGUCGUGGACAACCACCACUUUUACGGGGAGGUCCCAUGGGGCGAAUGGGAGGUAGAGGAGGGGAACGUGGAGGAUUUAUGCCUAGAGGUCCUAGAGGGCCACGUGGAAGUCCAGUUGGUGGUCCAAAUGUACAACACAGAGCUGGAGACUGGCAGUGUCCAAACCCUGGCUGUGGAAACCAAAACUUUGCGUGGAGAACAGAAUGCAACCAAUGCAAGGCUCCAAAACCCGAGGGCUUUAUUCCUCCUCCAUUUCCACCACCAGGUGGUGAAAGAGGAAGGGGAGGACCAGGCAUGAGAGGUGGUCGUGGAAUGAUGGACCGAGGAGGACCUGGAAUGUUUAGAGGUGGCCGUGGAGGCGACAGGGGUUUCAGAGGCCGUGGUAUGGAUAGAGGUUUUGGUGGAGGAAGGAGAGGUGGUCCUCCUGGGCCCCCAGGACCUCUCAUGGAGCCAAUUGGAGGAGGCAGAGGUGGUGGCGGCAGACGUGGUGGACCUGGUAAAAUGGAAAAGGGUGAGCACCGCCAGGAGCGCAGAGAGAGACCCUACUAGAAGUUCAAAAGCCUCAUUUACUACCAGAUUUAUUUUUUAAACAAAUGUUUUAAAUUUAUAAUUCCAUAUUUAUAAUGUUGGCAUUGAGUCUAUACUCGGUCACAUUAUGAAUAUACUUUGUCUGUAACUUUAGUAUUCACAAUUUGUGGAGAUAUUAAAAUGGAAGUUUAAUGGUAGUACCAUUGUCCCUUUUUAUUUUUUUUGCAGCCUCUUCCCUUUUUAUUUUUAUAUUUUUUUUUCUCCUUUUCUUAACUUCCUGAGGGUCCACCACAAAGUUGUUUGUUCUGUUUUUAGAUGUUUUCUCUGAAGGUUUCAAGGUAUUGCUGCAGUGGCUUUGUAAGCAUGUGGAGUAUAUUGUUGGUAAACAUUUUGCCAGGAGAGGAGUAAGGGUAAAGCACUGUAGUGUCUUAGCACUCCUCUUGUAUCAUUGUAUUGGACCCUUUUUUGAGGGUCGCCAAAUGUCCCCUCCCCCUUCUUGGAUAGGUUUAUUUUUCUUCUGUUGUGACAGAAAUUGAGGUAAUGGCAUUCCAUGUCCAUUUUCUGGAAAAGAGGAAAAACUAGGUGUGGGGGAGGGAGGGAGAGAGGGGUCUUGUUUUAUACUCUGGCUUGUACAAACUUGUUCAACACAACACCACAAUAAAAUACUGUUUAAAACCAAA